UUGAAAUCGUCAACAUCAACAGCAAAAUCAUUUGUCGGAAUAUUGCGUGUUGAAAGUUAACAUUUUUUAAGCGUGAUAAUCACAAGAAAGUUUUUAAAAAUAUUCACCGGUUAAUCUCUGAAUCGUUACAUCAAUUAGAACUGCUGAUAAAGCAUAUUUUAGACUACAAUAUGGAUUAUAAAAUUCUUAUAUUGUGCGUUACGCUUUGUGCUAAUUUGUGCACGGCAGAAGAAGCAACGAUCUCAUACAUUUCACCUCCACAAACUAAGAAUCCCGAUGAGAGUGUGACCUUUAAUUGUACAGUCUCAAAACCAAAGGAUGCAAUUGUGGUGUGGAUGAAGGAUACAAAGACUUUAACAUUAGAUACUUUGCUUGCUUUCCGUGAUCCUCGACUGAGCAUUGUUUAUGAUGAGGCGGCAAGCACAUAUAGCUUACGCAUACAAAAUUUAACGACGCAAGACACUGGCAAGUAUCGAUGUCAGAUUAAUUUGGAUCUAUCGACCACUGUUGGAAAAGAAAUAGACUUGCAAGUCACGCGUCCACCUGUAAUUUUGGAUAGUACGGAAACCAAUUUUCGGGUCAAGGAAGGUGAAGCAGUCACAUUGUCAUGUUCUGCUGAUGGAUUUCCUCGACCAGAAAUCACAUGGCGUCGUAAUAACGAAGAAUUGAUGCCUACACGUGGAUUUAAUUACAAAGGUGCAAACUUGACAAUCCUUCAAGUAAAGAAAGAAGAUCGCGGUCACUAUGUUUGCGAAGCAUCAAAUGGAAUUGGAAACAAAGUCAGUAAAUUAGUUCUUCUCGAGGUCAGUUUUGGCCCAGUUCUCUCAGCAAAACGACCAAAAAUCGGACAAAAAGAAGGCUAUGAAGCCAAAAUGACAUGCAUAUCAACUUCAUACCCGCCAGCAUCUAUUUCAUUCCUUCACAAAGGAAAGGAAUUGAAUAACAAUGAACAUUAUCAAAUUGAAUAUCUUUCAAGUGUUAAUGAAAUAACUGAGGCAAUUUUGACAUUAAAAGAAGUUAAGAAGCAUCAUUAUGGUGAAUAUGAAUGCAAAGCAAAGAAUGCAUUAGGUGAUGCCAAAACAACACUUGAAUUAUUUGAACAAGAAUUACCAAAUGAAAUUUUCUCAAGUCUUAGACAAUCAAGUGGUCAUCGAUUCAUUGGAUUCCAUCACAUUUAUGCAGCGAUCUGUACAAUUAUCUACUUUAGAAUAUUCAACUAAACAUAUUUAUUGACGGAAUGGAGAAUAAAUAAAAUCUCAAGAACUUCUAGGAAUCUCCUUAAUCUUCUUAAUCAGUUUUCUAAUUUUAUUUCGACAAAAAAAAAGUAUUCAUUCUUA